UUACCAAGUGAUUUUGAGCCCUCUGAUAUUGAGAUUUUGAGCAUGGCCCAUCUUGAAAGCUCUACUAAAUUCUGUUCCUGGCCCUCGCAUCCAUUGCAUGCUUUGUUCUGUUUAAUUAUUUUCGGCUGCUAAAAACUUAAGCAGGGAAAUCCUUAAGAAUACAAUCGGAAACAGCAAUGGGGACCGCGCCGGCGCAAAUUCCGACGAGCUUCGGACACGAGCUCAGGGCUUGCCUUCGUUGCCGUCUCGUCAAAACAUAUGAUCAGUUCAGAGAAUCAGGAUGCGAUAACUGCCCAUUCUUUAAGAUGGAUGGAGAUAAUGAGCGCGUCGUAGAUUGCACUACUCCGAAUUUCAAUGGUAUGAUAUCUGUGAUGGACCCGGCUAGAAGUUGGGCUGCUCGUUGGCUGCGAGUUGGAAGAUUUGUCCCUGGUUGUUACACUCUUGCAGUUUCAGAGGCACUUCCAGAGGACUUGCAGGCUUUAUGCGAAGAAGUUCAUGUGCAGUAUGUGCCACCGAAACGGGUGUAAUGGAUAGCCUCAAUAACAUUGUAAGGAUGGAAAACUGCAUAUUAUUAGUAGUGAUGGAGGAGAAUAGUAACACAGUGAAUUGCACCAACUUGUGGGAUUUUGACAAGUUGGUAAACAUACUAGUCAUCCACAAGAAAGAUUUUGCAUGGAAUUUGGUUCUUGGUGUCAAAAAAGGCUUUUAUAAAUCUGGCUAUUACUUUGUUGUCCACAAUUGCAAAUUAGAAUAUUUGAAUUCAGUUUGUUUCAUA